AAGAGAAACAAACUCAAAUAUGCCAUAGGUAAAUUAUGCUUGGGUGCUACAGUCUAUUUCAUUUGGAGGGAGAGGAACAAUAGAUUUUUUAAAGGGGAUUUUAUGGAUGCUUGGACAAUUCACAACCACAUUCGGAACAUGGUGAGCGAUAGGCUGUGGACCUCAACAAAAUGAAAUCUUCCAUGGCCAAUAGAAGACUUGCGGAGAUUUGGGAAUUACCUAUGACUAUCUUCAAAACCAACAUGUGACGAACAUGGGUUUCCCUAACCCAAGGCUUCUCCUAAGACUUUAAACAAAUUAUAACAAAACAAUGGCUUCUUCAGUCAAGAGUGAAGGAUUACCAGUGACAGUAGACGACGGUUCAUUGAAAAGCCAAGAGCAGUCAAAAGGUUCUGCCAUGACUAAAAGAGGUGUCUAUGCAGCUGUCUCUUACAUGGCUUCUGCUGUUCUCUUGGUAAUGUUCAACAAAGCAGCUCUUUCUUCAUAUAGUUUCUCAUGUGUAAAUGUCAUCACACUUUUUCAGCUGCUAUGUUCAUGUUCAAUUCUCUAUGCACUGAAAUGCUGGAAGGUCAUCUCUUUCACAGCUAUUGAACCACAGAGCACCACUUAUAAUCCAUUAACCCUAGUACCAUUGAAGACAUUAAUUCAUACCCUUCCUCUAGCAAUAGCAUAUUUGCUAUAUAUGCUGGUCACAAUGGAAGCUGUGCGAGGCAUAAAUGUUCCCAUGUACACCACCCUCAGGCGGACCACAGUGGCUUUUACGAUGAUUGUGGAGUAUCUAUUGACAGGGCAGAAACACUCACUUUCUGUUGUUGGCAGUGUGGGAACUAUUAUACUCGGUGCAAUCAUUGCUGGGGCUCGGGACUUGUCAUUUGAUGCCUAUGGCUAUGCUGUUGUUUUCAUAGCGAACAUCUGUACAGCAAUAUAUCUUGCAUCCAUUGCUCGUAUUGGUAAAUCCAGUGGCCUGAAUAGCUUUGGCCUUAUGUGGUGCAAUGGAAUAAUAUGCACACCAAUCUUGCUGUUCUGGACAUCAGUCAAAGGUGAUUUAGAAGUGACUAUGAACUUUCCCCUUUUAUUCUACCCAGGCUUUCAGGUUGUGAUGCUUCUUUCCUGUAUCAUGGCUUUCUUGAUAAACUAUUACGUAUUUUUGAACACAACCCUCAAUUCAGCACUCACACAGACAAUUUGUGGCAAUUUGAAGGACCUUUUUACUAUUGGACUCGGCUGGCUGUUGUUUGGGGGACUUCCAUUUGAUUUGUGGAAUGUUAUUGGCCAAUCUCUUGGUUUCUUGGGCUCGUGUUUAUAUGCUUGCUGUAAACUCUGGGGGAUAUAAAUGUCAUGCUGUUGCUUGAGAGCCUUAUACUGGAGAUAAUUAGCUGAUAGGUUGACUGCUGCUAGCUUCAUCGGCUGCCAAAUUUUGAUUAACAACCAGAGACUCUAGAACAUGUAGAAUUAAUACCUCAACUAUAUAGAAGAUUCUCUGCAUAAAUGCAUAUUACCAAAGCUUCUGCUACAAUAUAUUAGAGGAGGGAUCGUUAUCUCUUCUAGUGUUUUCAUUACAGAAAAUCUGGGAUCACAGUGAUCCUAGAAACCCUGUUACUCUUAGUUGAUGAGAAAAAAAAAAAAAUUCAUCUUCAAGAACUUGAUUAAUGAA